AUGCGAACCAACAAUGCAAAUUAAAUUAGACAAACUCUCAAAUAGACUUUAUUUAAAGGUAGAAAGCAUCAAUUUCAAUCCAAUGACAAUAUUCAAAUCAAUGAAACACCUUCAAUAACAUUAUACAAAAAUUUUGAUGAGAUUUAUUGUUACAAGAAUAAGAAUCUUGGUAAUGGAAUUAAGUAUAAUAGGUUAGGGAGCACAUGGGAUUGUAAAAAUCUGUUAUAACAAAUUAGAGGGAAAUGCAAUUCAGUAUGCAGUAAAGGUAUUUCGCUCUGGAGAUCCUGAAAUCAUCAGUACAAUUAAAAAAACCUUUAAAAUCAAUAGACAACUAAAUGAUCUGCAAUGUGUAAUCAAGGCUAUUGAUCUAUUCAUAAAUGUCACCAAAGAAGAAAUCCAUCUUGUUAUGGAAUUGUGUCCAUAUCCCUCAUUAGACAAAAUCCUCUAAUAAAAAAAAUAAUUAACUAUUAGAUAGCAACAAUUACUGAUUCUAGAACUAGCCAAAGCCAUAGAUAAAAUUCAUAGCAAAUGUGUUUGUCAUAGGGAUCUCAAACCAGAUAAUAUCUUGGUGUAACUGACAGAAGAUGAUGCAAAAAUUAAAAUAAUUGAUUUUGGAGUCUCUAAAAAAUUCGUCACCAAAACCAGAAAUUCUACAUAGAAUAUCGAAAUGUGGACAAGAACUGGUUCACUAUUUUAUUAGGCGCCUGAAAUCUUCGCUGGAGGAGGAUACAACUAAAAAGGUAAUAGUAAAUAAUUAUUUAGUCGAUAUAUGGUCUAUUGGAGUUAUUGUGUAUUAAUUGUUUUGUUAAUAAUUGCCAUUUCAAAAAGAUCAAAUAAUAGAUACAAUUGAAUUAAUAUGUGAUCCUAAUUACAAUGUAGAGAACACCGCACAAUUUGAAUCUCUAGACCUGUUGCAGUAGGAUCUCUUGAAGAGAUUACUAAGAAAAGAACCUGAAAAACGAUUAUCCUCAACAGGUUUCAAUCAUAUUAAUUUAUAGAGUUCAUUCUACACCCUUGGCUACAUCCGGACAAUCAAGAACAAAAUCAAAACCAAUUUUGUUUUUCAUUGAAUCCGGAUAAAUUAUAAAAUUUGUCAACAUCCGAAUAACUAAUAGGGGUUGAAUAGAUUGAUCAAAACAUGGUACUUACAAAAGAGCCCUACUGUGCCAGUACGAUUCUACGAGUAGAAGAGUAUAAAGAGAAAAUAGAUAGAGUGGAUGAAAUAGGGAAUCAUAUAUAUUUUUACUCUUCAUCCAAACAAUUAAAUCAAGAACCAGAAAUCAAGUCGUUGGAUGAAAAAUAGACAAGCGUGAAUCAAUUGGAAGAUGUCAAGGGCGAAAUCAUUCAAGAUACUCACAAGUCUUUAGAUGAAGAUGUUGAAUUAAAUAAUUACAAAACUGUUGGUUCCUUUAUAUUGAAUUGA